AUGUCGAGCAUCUCCCGGUCUGCCAAUCUUCUGCUGCGCUCUAGCAGGGCCUCCCUGCUGCGCCCUCGCGCUGUCAACCCUGUUCAGCAUGUUUUCCUGGGGGACAAGCUGGCUGCCCGUGGCAUGGCUUCUGCUUUCGAGCGUUCCAAGCCUCACGUCAACAUCGGUACCAUUGGUCACGUCGAUCACGGCAAGACUACCUUGACCGCUGCCAUCACCAAGUACCAGGCCUCCAAGGGCCUUGCUACCUUCCUCGAGUACGGUGCCAUUGAUAAGGCUCCCGAGGAGCGUAAGCGUGGUAUCACCAUCUCGUCCGCCCACAUCGAGUUCUCGACUCAGGACCGCCACUAUGCCCACGUCGACUGCCCCGGUCACGCUGAUUACAUCAAGAACAUGAUUACUGGUGCUGCCAACAUGGACGGUGCCAUCGUUGUCGUUGCCGCCUCCGACGGUCAGAUGCCCCAGACCCGUGAGCACUUGCUGCUUGCCCGUCAGGUCGGUGUCCAGAAGAUUGUCGUCUUCGUCAACAAGGUCGACGCCGUCGAUGACCCCGAGAUGUUGGAGCUCGUCGAGCUGGAAAUGCGUGAGCUCCUCACCACCUACGGUUUCGAGGGUGAAGAGACCCCCAUCAUCUUCGGCUCUGCUCUGUGUGCUCUGGAGAACCGCCGCCCUGAGAUUGGUACCGAGCGUAUUGACUCCCUGCUCGAGGCCGUCGACACCUGGAUUCCCACCCCCGCUCGUGACCUUGACAAGCCCUUCCUCAUGUCCGUCGAGGAGGUGUUCUCCAUCCCCGGUCGUGGUACCGUCGUUUCGGGCCGUGUCGAGCGUGGUGUCCUGAAGAAGGAUAGCGAAGUCGAGAUUGUCGGAAACACCGUGGAGUCCAAGAAGACCAAGGUUACCGACAUUGAGACUUUCAAGAAAUCCUGCGACGAGUCCCGCGCCGGUGACAACUCCGGUCUUCUGCUCCGUGGUGUCCGCCGUGAGGAUGUCAAGCGUGGAAUGGUCAUCGCCGCCCCUGGCACCACCAAGGCCCACGACAAGUUCCUCGUGUCCAUGUAUGUCCUGACCGAGGAGGAGGGUGGCCGUAAGCACGGAUUUGGCGCCAACUACCGCCCCCAGGUCUACAUCCGUACCUCCGACCAAGCUGCCGAUCUCACCUUCCCCGAAGGUACUGAUGAGUCCCGCCGUGUGAUGCCCGGUGACAACGUCGAGAUGGUCCUCCACACCCUCCGCCCCGUUGCUGCCGAGGCUGGUCAGCGUUUCAACAUCCGUGAGGGUGGUCGCACCGUCGCCACUGGUCUGGUCACUCGUGUGAUUUAA